UCCGCUAAACUGAACAACUUUCAGGAAAGAUGGAGAACAAAGUUGACCGCGCGGCAAACGGGAAAAACGUCUCUCUCCCAAUCUCACGUGUAAAAUUAAUAAUGAAGAGCUCUCCGGACGUGUCGUGUAUUAACCAGGACGCCCUUUUCUUAACAGCAAAAGCCACGGAGCUUUUUGUUCAGCACUUGGCUUUGACCUCAUACAAUAAUGGCUCAGGACAACAGAAUGGCACCCUGGCCUACAGCGAUCUGGCGAACACUGCUGAGGAGUCAGAAGUGUUCCAGUUUCUCACAGAUAUUCUUCCAAAGAAAAUCUUAGCUAGCGAGUAUCUGAAGUCCUUGAAGAAAAUGGAAGACGAUGACAACUAAUACUCCAAAUCACACAUUAAAAAAUUAAUUAUUACAACAUUAUUCUUAGAAAUUGUUUCAAGAUAAGAAAAUGUUAACAAUUAAAAAAAAAUAAUAAUUUCCUCAAAAGAGACAAGAGAGUACUUCAUUACAUCUCAUCCAAAUAAAUUUGUUCAGUUCCUUAACGCUUAUUGUUCUUCAAAUGGUGAUGAGCAGGUUUUUGUUUGUUUCCUUAUGAUAUUCAGAUAUGUAAUUGCCUGAUCACCACUAAACUAGUGUAGCUAGUCGCUCACAGCAUAUUGCAAGGCAGAGUGGCCACUUUAACUCGUGCAUUUAUUUAUGUUGUACAGUUGUUGAUUUGCUUCCACAGCUCUUCCAUUUUUUUUUCAGAUUCCAACUUUACAACUGCUUUAAAAGCAGUUACUCAGGGUGUUACUCCCACUGUUUCUUUAAAUGGGCAUUAUGAUAUCAGUAUUUUUUAUUAUACACCUUAAGAUAAAAACUGUCUAACUCUUGUGCAUAUCGUGAAAUUAUUACUUACAACUUGUCUUUUUUAAUGUGACUAUUACUUAAUAUUUUGCUUGAAAUCUUUGAUAUUUAAAAAAAAACUGACACCCUGCAGGUUUAAUCAGUAUCCUUUACUGUAGAUCAGAAUUGAGUAUACCACAGUUUGCUUGUAAUUAUUUGCUGUUAUAGCUUAUUACAUGCACUGAAUUUAAAUUGUGAGAAUUUAUACUUGAAAUUUGCAUAACAUCUUGCGUUUUGUAUAGUGUACUGUAUGAUAAUUGGUGUAUAUUUUUCAAUAAAUAAACCUUUUGUUUCUUA